UAAGAAUUCGCUUCGCUCAAGCAAAAAUCAACACAGAAAAAUACACCGAGGCCGUAGUAAAAAAAAAAGAGAAGACAAAAAUUCUGGAAAAUCAUUUUUUAAUAUUCUAUGCUGCAUUCAAAUCGCAAUAUUUCUUUUUUUAUCCAAAUCAUUUUGUUCGUAUGAACAGAAAUAAAAUAUUAUAAAGAAGAUAUAAAACUUCUUCAACAAUACAAACACAACCAUGAAAUGGGACUAAAACAACUAGAACCUUGUCGUGCAUUGAGAUAGCAAACUAACUGCUCCAUUCACAAUACCAAAAGCUGGAUAUUUGGAAAAUUUAAUAAAAUAUUAAUUAUAUUACUUCAAACGCGUACCCUGUCAGUAGAGCAUAUAAAAAACCAUUUGAUUUGCAUUCCUACUUUAGGAAUUUUUAAACAAUAAAUUCAAUCAAACAAAAAAAAGAAAUUUUGAAUACACAUCGGCUGACAGCACCGUGGCUGAAGCCAGUGAAGUAACCACUAAUUCAACAACUGAUGCAAUGCCUUCAGCAAUAAGUGGUGGCGGUGGACAUUCCUCGCAUACGGUUAGUAUUCCCAGCAAUGAAGAAUGCGGUAUUCGGGACGUUUGGAAGCAUAAUCUCGAAGAUGAGUUCCGAACUAUUCGCAAAGUGGUGCAAAAGUACCAUUACGUGGCCAUGGACACGGAGUUUCCCGGGGUAGUGGCACGACCGGUAGGAGAAUUCAGGUCGACUGCUGACUAUCACUACCAGCUUCUGAGAUGCAAUGUGGAUCUGUUGCGCAUAAUUCAACUAGGGCUGACCUUUAUGGAUGAUGAGGGAAAAACUCCACCAGGCUACUCGACAUGGCAGUUCAAUUUCAAAUUCAAUCUUUCGGAAGACAUGUAUGCACAGGACUCUAUCGAUCUAUUGCAGAAUUCUGGUAUUCAAUUCAAGAAGCACGAAGAGGAUGGCAUUGAUCCUUUAGACUUUGCUGAACUUUUGAUGUCGUCGGGCAUUGUUUUGGUGGACAACAUCAAAUGGCUAUGUUUCCACUCCGGCUAUGACUUUGGGUAUCUCCUCAAGCUACUAACCGACCAAAAUCUACCAGCUGAUGAGAGCGAAUUCUUUGAAUUACUCCGCCUGUAUUUCCCCAACAUUUACGACAUUAAAUAUUUGAUGAAGUCUUGCAAGAAUCUUAAAGGCGGUCUGCAAGAAGUUGCUGAUCAGUUGGAGCUGCGUCGCGUUGGACCACAGCAUCAAGCAGGCUCUGAUGCGCUCUUGACCGGAAUGGCGUUCUUUAAAAUGCGAGAGAUGUUUUUCGAGGAUAAUAUUGACAACGCUAAGUACUGUGGCCACCUUUAUGGGUUGGGUACAUCUUUUAUUGUAAACGGAGCCAAUUUCCAUGAGAACAACACCGAAAAUAAUAAUGCAACAACGUGAUUUUCUAGUGCGCGUCUCUCAUAACACACAUUUAUAUGUUUGAAUAUGUUCUUCUGCAAAAAGCGAGCGCAUUUUCUCUGUAUAACAAUUAAUUUAACAAACAAAACAAUAUUUGUCUCUAGUUUUUUUUUUUUGUUGUUGUCUUUAUUAUAAGAACAUCAUUAUAGUAAAGUUAUGGAUGUAAAAUUAAAAAAAAAAUACAAAUCCAAAAGCCCGCGCUCAUUAAGGUAAAAACGUAUAUAAAUCACUUAUAAG